AAUCCAAGUGUCGGCCCAACACACACAAUAAGUUCGACCUGCUAAGGCCGCAAGUGCUGCGAGCCUGAUAAUCAUGACUUCAAUUAUUAAUUCCUCCAGGCUGUGAUUGUAUUGUAACCAAAUCGUCGUUCAUCCAAAUCUAUCGACGCCAAGACAUUGUGUACCUCACGAACUUGAGCAUCAACCAAACAUGCUACCAAUCGUAGAAGUCACUCUAGCGUGGCUCUUCAAGAACGCCAAGGGCCGCGACGCCAAAGCAUUUCAAACCGGUCCCGCGUUCGCUGAUUUCGCCGAACCCACUGUCGAGAUCACCUCCACGGACUGCGGCCCCACCAACGCCCACCUCGGCGUGGAGUAUACAGCCGACGGCGCGGGCAAGGCGCCGGCGUUGAGCUGGACACCACCGCCUGCCAUCGCGGCUCAGGUCAAGGAGUGGUUGCUCGUGUCUGAGGAUCCCGAUGCGCCCUUGUCUACUCCUAUUGUACAUGGACUCUUCGGCGGCAUCGCCGCGACGAAGACCAGUGUGGAAGCAAAGGACUUCGAGAUCGAGGAUAAGAGCAAGGCACUCUUGAAGGGUGGAUUCCACUAUGGCAAGACGUGGCAUAGUGUGCCGUACGUGCCCCCGCGGCCACUCAUGAACCACGGACCUCACAGAUACUUCUUCACAAUCAUCGCGUUAAAAAAGCCACUCGAUACAGCGCUGCUCAACUCCAAAGCGACGACCAGAGAACAGAUUGCAGAUGCGAUUGUUGGGAAGGUGCUGGGCUGGGGCAUUUGGGUUGGAAGUUGUGAGAGAGUUUGGAAAUAGGGCGACACUAAAAAGGCAAUUUAACCUUAUAUUAAACACGAUGGAGUUGAUUACGAGUCUGCUCGUGGCAAUGGUGGCUUAGAUGGGCACCUUGAUGGAAGAGUAUAGAGACUGCGACGAACUAACAAAUUUCGUGA